CGUCCGCGUGUGAGUCCGGGUUGCGCUUUUGGAUGAGCGCGGCCGAGCCGGAGCGGCGCGCGCUUCACGAGGAUGCUGCGGGGAAAUGCCUGCGGGAAGGGAGGAUGAGAUGUGCGGGAAGGCGCUGGAGCUGCUCUCUGAUCUGUGCUCACGUGGAGAGGUGCACAGCGACAAGUGCGCCGACUUCAUGUACUCCUUCCGCGAUCUGGGCAGACCGGACUACUCGGACUCCGAUGUGUCGGUGAGCCUGCUGUCAUUGAUGGUGACUUCCUGUGGCCUGGCUCUGUUUGGUGUCUCGCUCUUUGUGUCAUGGAAGCUGUUCUGGGUGCCAUGGCGCGACCGUUUCUGGCCCUCCAGCCUGAAGGAGCAGCAAGGUGAGCAGCAGCCAGUGCUGACAGAGGAGGAACUUUUGGAGCGCGAGUACAGCGCCGAUUUCUUCAAGGACACUUGUGCCACACUGGUGCCUGAGUCAGCCAUGAAGAUCAGCCACACAUCACCGGACAUCCAACUGGAGGCGCAGACCAAAGCCAAUGAGCACAACCACAUGCACAUUGCACGUGUUCAGAGGCAGAUCACCGACCCCACUUCAUCUGUCCGGCAUAACUCUAUUCGGAGGCAAAUGAACCUCACGAGCCCUGAGUUCAGCCCAGCUCAGUUCCAGAGACAGGAAUCCUUAUCCGGGCCGGGUCUGGGCCGGAUUAAGCCGGAGCUGUACAAGCAGCGCUCAGUGGACACCGAUGACAGUAGGAGAGCGGACAGCUGUGGCCGUCUACACUUUAUCCUAAAGUAUGACUGUGGCCUGGAACAACUGAUUGUGAAGAUCCACAAAGCUGAGGAUCUGCCCGCCAAGGACUUCUCGGGGACGUCAGAUCCAUACGUAAAGAUCUAUCUACUGCCUGAGCGCAAGACCAAGCAUCAGACCAAAGUGCACCGCAAGACCCUCAACCCUGUGUUCGACGAGGUCUUCUUAUUCCCUGUGGUGUACGGCGAGCUGCAUGCCCGUAAGCUGCACUUCAGCGUCUAUGAUUUUGACCGCUUCUCACGCCAUGAUCUCAUUGGCCAAGUAGUGGUGGACAACUUCCUGGAUUUGCCAGACUUCCCAGGGGAGACGAAAAUCUGCAGAGAUAUUCUCUACGUCACUGGGGAUAAUGUUGACUUGGGUGACCUGAUGUUUUCACUCUGCUAUCUUCCGACUGCGGGCCGACUGACUAUCACGAUCAUCAAAGCCAGGAACCUGAAAGCCAUGGACAUCACAGGAGCCUCAGACCCUUACGUGAAAGUCUCCCUCAUGUGUGACGGUCGGAGACUGAAAAAGCGAAAAACAUCUACCAAGAGGAACACUCUGAACCCCGUUUACAACGAAGCCAUAGUUUUCGAUGUCCCUCCUGAGAACAUAGACCAAAUAAGUCUGUUAAUAGCAGUGAUGGACUAUGAUCGUGUCGGCCAUAAUGAGAUCAUCGGUGUGUGUCGAGUAGGGAACAUGGCUGAGAGCCUGGGCCGAGAUCACUGGAACGAGAUGCUGACCUACCCGCGCAAACCCAUCGCCCACUGGCACCCGCUCGUAGAGGUAAUGAUGAAAAACAGCCUAAGACCACGGCUUAAGUGGAGCAGUGAGGGAAAUCCCGGAGGAAGCCAAGGCUCCUGCAACUCCCUCAAAACACCACCAUCACCCUGACGCAUCCAUCUGAUCAC